CCCGCUCCUUGUAGGGGCUUUAGUCUUUCAAGUUGUUCGAGAUGAACAUCACUCAAUUGUCUUACAGAUUGCAGCGCUCCUGUUUUGUCAUUUCUUCGUGUGAAACCUUAUUCAGUGUUAGAAACCCUCUGACAAACUUUCGUCUCGUCCGUACCAGCCCUCUCAACUAUCUCCGCAGAGCCGCACCUAGAGUGAGGACUUGAAUCAGUCACAUUUCAUCUAAUUUCGGAGCUAUCUCAAUUUCCAAACCCCAAAAUUUCGAUAAUGUGCGGAAUUAUCGCAGUUAUCCUGGCGGAUCCGAGUGGAUCUGCCGUGACCGAUAUUCAUGACGGACUUCCAGUUUUACAACACAGAGGACAAGACGCCUGCGGAAUAGCUACAUGUGGUCAGGGUGGGAGAAUUUAUACCCGCAAGGGCAAUGGCCUUUGUUCAGAUGUCUUUAGAACACCUGAACAACUUAUGGAUUUGCCGGGAAGUAUGGGACUUGGUCAUUUACGUUAUCCCACUGCCGGAUCCUCAGCAAAUUCAGAGGCACAACCUUUCUACGUGAACUCACCAUAUGGAAUUUGCUUCGCCCAUAACGGCAACAUCAUUAAUUCACCGGAAUUGCGCAAUCAUCUCGAUCAUGAAGCGCACAGACAUAUAAACACUGAUUCAGACAGUGAAUUGUUGUUGAACAUUUUCGCAAGCACUCUCCAAGAGACGGGAAAAUUCCGUGUCAAUGAGGAAGAUCUCUUUACCGCUCUGAAAGGAAUCUAUCGAAGAUGUCAAGGCGGUUACGCAUGUGUUGCCAUGCUUGCUGGAUUUGGUAUUAUAGGGUUCCGAGAUCCUUACGGCAUUAGACCGCUUGUUUUGGGAGAGAGGAAAGGCAUGAAGGGUGGCAUGGACUACAUGUUCUCUAGCGAAAGCGUAGCCCUUGACCAACUAGACUUUACAAAUCAUGUUAACAUUGCUCCUGGCGAGGCUGUCAUUAUUAAAAAAGGGUGCAAGCCCCUCUUCAGACAGGUCAACCCGACCCUAAAUCAUACACCUGACAUAUUCGAGUACGUUUACUUUGCCCGUCCGGACUCUAUCAUCGACGGAAUGUCCGUCUAUCGUUCCCGGCAAAACAUGGGGUUGUUUCUGGCAAAAACUGUCCUAAAAAGCCUGGGCGAGGAUGUCGUCAAAACAAUUGAUUUAGUCAUCCCUAUUCCUACGACCUCGGAGGUUUCUGCGCUCAGACUCUCACAAGAGCUUCGAAUUCCUUUCUGUCAAGCAUUUGUUAAGAAUCGAUAUGUUGGAAGAACCUUCAUUAUGCCAGAACAACAGGAGAGGCGGAAAUCGGUUCGUAGAAAGCUAAAUGCCAUGAAGGAGGAGUUCAAGGACAAAAAUGUACUCCUUAUUGAUGACAGCAUUGUUCGAGGCACUACCAGUCGGGAGAUCGUCAAUAUGGCAAAGGAUGCUCAGGCGAAGAAAGUCUUUUUCGCUAGCUGUGCACCCCCCAUUCGAAAUGCUCACAUCUAUGGUAUUGAUCUUGCGGACACCAAAGAACUGGUUGCUUUCAAUCGCACCGAGAAAGAGAUUGCCGAGCAUAUUGGCGCCGAUGCUGUUAUUUACCAAACUCUUCCCGACCUCGUCAAGUCUUGCGCCUCCCUGUCCACAACUAUAAAGAACUUCGAGGUUGGAGUCUUCAGUGGCGAAUAUGUCACACCCGUUGACCCCAGUUAUUUCAAGAGACUUGAGGGUAUCCGCGGGGAGAGUUCUCGGCUCAAGAGGAAAGCGGCCGCUAUCAAGGCAGUAGCUUCCAGUAUUGCAAACAAAGAGAAUGCUGCCGAUGUCCUGAACGGGGUUACCUCUCUUAAUGGCGAUGGUGAGCAAGUGAGGGACAGGAUGGAUGUCUCCAUUCACAACUUUGGUGAUCAUAUGGAUGUUAGUAGAGAGGCGGAAAUGGGUUUGACUGUUUGAAUUUUCCCCCCCGUACUUGCAUUACCUGUUAAAUUUAACACUAUCCCUAAAAUCUCCUCCAUAACCCCCCUCUCGUUGAACCAAGGUCCGGAGGGAAUAUUAUGAUACUACAUGAAAAGUCUUUUUUCUUUCGUUUUUUCCGUUUUCCAUUUUUCACCUCUGCACUUGUACCCUCUAACUAGUUUUUUACCCAUUAUUUUUUGAUCUUUUUUUCUUGGGGUUUCUGCUGUAGGUUAGAGAUAGAUUCUAGGUGAUGAGCUACGGUGGAUGGAUGUGAGUCUUUUAGUUA